AACAACUUUUUAAGUAAAAGCGCACUUUCUAUGAAUUAUUCAUCUUUCGAUCCUUUUCAAUUUCUCUAAAUAUACAGUAUAUAAUAAUAAACCCACAUCAACCCAAAAAAAAAAACACUGUAGGACCCUUGUUGAAGCUUCCACUCUCAUCUCGACCUCAUCAAUUCUUGUUCUUGAUUGUGGUGUGAUAAAGAGUUUCAAAGUUGGUGAAAACAGUGUUUUAAUGUUUCAAAACAUUGUUAAUUGAAUCAUGCAAUUAUAUCAUCAUCCAUGCUCAUUGAACAGCCAAAAGGUGAGGCUUGCUUUGGAAGAGAAAGGCGUUGAUUACACCUCAUUUCAUGUCAAUCCUAUUCUUGGCAAGAACAUGGACUCUUCCUUCUUCAGGAUGAAUACGAGUGCCAAACUCCCAGUUUUCAAGAACGGUUCUCAUAUCAUUUUCGACACUAUUGAAACUAUCCUGUACAUUGAAAGAAUUGCUGUGGUCUCAGUUGGUAAUGAUUCCUUUAGCAACCAAGAAGUAAUUGAAUGGAUGCAAAAGAUACAACAAUGGAACCCCAAGUACUUCACCCUAUUGCACAUUCCUGACAAGCACCGCCUCUACGUUUCUAAAUUCAUAAGGAAAGUGGUGAUUGCUCGGAUGGCCGAAUCACCAGACCUUGCUAGUGCUUACCACAGCAAGCUUAGAGAAGCAUACGAGACCGAGGAGAAGCUGAAGAAUGCUGAUCUUGUUAAAAGGAGCACAGAAAGCUUGGUCCAAUUGCUUGAUGAAGUUGAAAGAAAGCUGAAUGACACAACAUAUAUUGUAGGGGAUGAGUUCACGAUGGCGGAUGCGACAUUCGUACCCGUGCUGGCUCGAUUGGUGCUUCUGGGUUUGGAAGAUGAGUAUAUAAGUUGCAGGCCAAACAUAGCAGACUACUGGGGUUUGGUGCAACAAAGGCCUACCUAUAAAAAAGUUAUAGGAAAAUAUUUUAAUGGCUGGAGGAAGAAGAAAACAUUAAUAAAAACUUGGGGCUCACUUCAUAUCAGAAAUUUGCUGAAGAGAUACUAAGGAUUUGUGGGUUACAGGUGUACUGUAAAUUGAUAAUACAUAAAAUGAGUUGGAAAAGGAAAUUGCAACUGUAUGUAACUUUUGCUUCUUGUUAUGCUUUUCACCAGGGUCUUUUUUUUUUUUCAAUUGGUAAAUUUGGUAAAAUAAGAGAUGUUGAUAUAAAUGUGGAGUUGAAGGAUUUAAUGUAUUAUGAUUGAUUCCAAGGUUGA